CUCUUUUUUCCCCAACCUUCCUCUCUUCUAAAAAACCUCAAUCUUACCUUCUCUGUCUGUUUUGUUGCAGUUUGUGCAGAGCGAUUUUUAGGGUUUUCAGAGGAGGGGUUUUUUUCUUCUUCUUCUUCUUCAAUUUCUACCAACUAAGCGCAUGCAGCAGUUGAAUUUCAUGAAAUUGUCUUAAUGGUGGAUUUGGUUUUGUUCGCAAUCGCAUUUGCUAAUUCAGCUACCAAUCCUUAUACCCUCUGACCUAAUGACUUUUGCCAGCAGUGAAUGGCUCGAUUCCACUCUCGCACUGUUCGUUUCUCCAUUUUUGUUGCGUUUGUAGUUCUUGUGGGAGAGCCUCACUCUGUCCUAUCAUCCACGGCCGAUGAAUUUUCCAUAUUCGAUUACGAUGCGCUUCUUUUCCACCAGGAUUACUCCCCGCCGGCCCCACCGCCACCGCCGCCUCACCCGCCUUCGGUCUCGUGCACCGGUGAUUUAGAUGGCGUUGGCUCGCUGGAUACUACAUGUCAGAUUGUCAACAAUUUGAACCUCACUCACGACGUGUAUAUAGCUGGGAAGGGGAAUUUUCAGAUUCUGCCUGGGGUGAAAUUUAAUUGUCCUAAACCGGGGUGUUCGAUUACCAUUAACAUUACUGGCAAUUUUACGUUGAGCAACGAUUCGUCUAUAUUUACCGGGAGUUUUGAGUUGGCCGCCUCUAAUGCUAGCUUUCUCAACGGGUCUGUGGUGAAUACGACUGCUUUAGCUGGGAAUCCGCCGUCGCAGACUAGUGGGACCCCACAAGGUAUUGAUGGGGCAGGUGGGGGACAUGGAGGGAGGGGAGCAUGCUGUUUGACGGAUACAACUAAGCUUCCCGAGGACGUUUGGGGAGGUGACGCGUACUCAUGGGCGUCUCUGCAGAAACCUUGCAGUUUUGGGAGCCGGGGUGGUUCAACGAGCAAGGAGGUAGACUAUGGUGGAAAGGGUGGCGGGAAGGUGAAGUUGGACGUCGAGGACCUUCUUGUAAUUGAUGGGGUCGUUCUGGCCGAUGGGGGUGAUGGAGGGACAAAAGGAGGAGGUGGGUCAGGUGGCAGCAUCUAUAUCCUUGCUCACAAAAUGAUUGGUGAUGGAAGGAUAAGUGCAUGUGGAGGCAAUGGAUAUGGUGGAGGUGGUGGUGGAAGAAUCUCUGUUGAUGUUUUCAGCAGGCAUGAUGACCCAAAAAUUUUUGUUCAUGGGGGCCAUAGUUUGGCUUGUCCGGAGAAUUCUGGUGGUGCUGGAACUCUAUAUGAUGCUGUUCCUCGAAGCCUUACAAUUUCCAAUAAUAAUUUGACAACAGAUACAGACACACUUCUUUUGGAGUUUCCCAAUCAACCACUUAUGACAAAUGUUUAUGUUCGAAAUAAUGCUAGGGCUUCUGUUCCUUUGCUCUGGAGUCGUGUCCAGGUUCAAGGUCAGAUUAGUCUUUUAUCUGGUGGGGUUUUAAGUUUUGGGUUGGCGCACUAUGCCUCAUCAGAGUUUGAGUUAUUGGCAGAAGAACUUUUAAUGAGCGACUCAGUAAUCAAGGUAUAUGGGGCACUACGCAUGUCAGUGAAAAUGUUUUUGAUGUGGAAUUCUAAAAUGCUCAUAGAUGGAGGUGGAGAUUCAGGCGUUGUAACAUCCUUGCUUGAGGCUAGUAACUUGAUUGUUCUUCGGGAAUCAUCUGUUAUACAUUCUAAUGCUAACCUGGGAGUCCAUGGACAAGGUUUAUUGAACUUGUCAGGUCCUGGAGAUUGGAUUGAAGCACAGCGUCUAGUUCUGUCUCUAUUUUACAGUAUUCAUGUUGGUCCUGGAUCUAUUUUGCGAGGCCCAGUAGAUGAUGCAGCAAAAGAUGCAGUGACUCCUAAGCUCUAUUGUGAAGACCAAGAAUGCCCUAUUGAACUAUUCCAUCCGCCUGAAGAUUGCAAUGUGAAUUCUUCACUAUCUUUCACUCUCCAGAUUUGCAGAGUUGAAGAUAUCACUGUAGAGGGUCUUAUCAAAGGUUCGGUGGUUCAUUUUCACAGGGCAAGAACUAUAUCUAUCCAGUCUUAUGGGAUGAUCAGUGCAUCUGGGAUGGGCUGCACAGGUGGCAAGGGAAGUGGGAGUGCCAUUGGCAGUGGAAUAUACAGUGGUGGUGGGUAUGGUGGUAGAGGUGGGGAAGGAUGCUUUAAUAGUAACUGUGUUGCAGGUGGCAUCUCUUAUGGGGAAGCGGAUCUUCCCUGUGAGCUUGGCAGUGGAAGUGGAAAUGAUAGUUUAGCUAGUUUCUCAUCAGGUGGAGGCAUUAUAGUGAUGGGUUCAAUAGCGCAUCCAUUGUCAAGUUUGUCCGUUGAAGGCUCAUUGACAUCUGAUGGAGAAAAUUUCAAUGGAACUGCGAAAGAGAAAAAGUUGACUAAUAUUCAAGGCUCUAGUGCAGGCCCUGGGGGAGGGUCUGGUGGAACUAUCCUCCUGUUUCUCCAUACGCUGGCUCUUGGUGAGUCUGCUAUUCUUUCAAGUGCUGGUGGAUAUAGUAGAGCAGAUGGAAGUGGUGGAGGUGGUGGAGGAAGGAUUCACUUUCAUUGGGCAGACAUACCUACUGGAGAUGUGUACCAGCCCAUUGCUAGUGUGAAAGGAGAUAUUUAUACCUGGGGAGGUGCAGGUGGUGAACAGGGUGGUGGAGGAGAAAAUGGUACUGUGACUGGUAAAGCAUGCCCUAAAGGUCUUUAUGGAACGUUUUGUGAGGAAUGUCCAGCUGGUACUUACAAGAAUGUCAGUGGAUCUGAUAGAAAUCUUUGUCAACGUUGUCCUCCUUAUGAGCUACCACAUCGUGCCAUCUACAUACCUGUUCGAGGUGGGAUUGCUGAAACUCCUUGCCCUUACAAAUGCGUUUCAGAUAGAUACCACAUGCCAAACUGUUAUACUGCUCUUGAAGAGUUAAUUUAUACAUUUGGUGGUCCCUGGCUAUUUUGUGGUCUUCUACUUGGUCUCCUUGUUCUGCUAGCAUUGGUGCUUAGUGUUGCACGGAUGAAAUUUGUCGGGGUGGAUGAGUUACCUGGCCCUGUACCCACUCAACAUGGAUCUCAAAUAGAUCAUUCCUUUCCUUUCCUGGAGUCAUUGAAUGAGGUCUUGGAAACAAAUAGAGCCGAGGAGUCGCAGAGUCAUGUGUAUAGAAUGUACUUUAUGGGUCCAAACACCUUCAGUGAACCCUGGCAUCUUUCACACUCUCCUCCAGAACAACUGAAAGAGAUUGUAUAUGAAAGUGCAUUUAAUACAUUUGUGGAUGAGAUCAAUGGUAUAGCUGCGUAUCAAUGGUGGGAGGGUGCAGUGUACAGUAUUCUUAGUGCUCUUGCAUAUCCUCUUGCAUGGUCAUGGCAGCAAUGGCGUCGAAGGCUAAAAUUGCAACGUCUGCGUGAGUUUGUUAGAUCAGAAUAUGAUCAUGCUUGCUUGCGGUCUUGCCGCUCUCGUGCUCUUUAUGAAGGCAUUAAGGUCGCAGCAACAUCCGAUCUAAUGCUUGCAUUUGUGGACUUCUUCCUGGGUGGAGAUGAAAAAAGAACUGACCUUCCUCCUCGUUUGAAUCAAAGAUUUCCACUGUCUUUACUCUUUGGGGGUGAUGGAAGUUACAUGGCUUCUUUUUCACUCCAUAACGAUAAUAUUCUUACCAGUCUCAUGAGUCAGGCUCUACCACCUACGACAUGGUAUCGGAUGGUUGCUGGUCUGAAUGCACAGCUGCGUUUGGUUCGUCGUGGUCAGCUUAGAUCAACAUUUCAACCUGUUGUCAGAUGGCUGGAAAAUUUUGCGAAUCCUGCUCUUGGGAAUCAUGGCAUACGUGUGGAUCUUGCCUGGUUUCAGGCUACAGCUUGUGGUUAUUGCCAGUAUGGUCUCCAAAUAUAUGCUGUUGAAAGAAGCAGACAUGAACAAAACGAUCCUAAUUCAUGCGUGAAAAACACUCCUAGAGAAAAUCAGUCUGUCCAUUUGAGGGAAGAAGCACAUUUAAGCCAAGGCCGGAAUUCUAGCGAAGGCCAUUCAAGGCGAAAGAAAACAUGUGGGGGCAUUUUAGAUGUCAGUAAUCUACAAAUGCUCGAGGAGAAAAGAGACAUAUCUUGUCCUCUAUCUUAUGUACUUCACAACACUAAACCUGUUGGUCACCAGGAUCUUGUUGGUCUAGUCAUAUCAAUGCUACUUCUAGGGGAUUUCAGCUUGGUUUUGCUUACUCUGCUCCAGAUGUUCUCAUUUUCAUUGGCAGACGUUUUUCUUGUUUUGUUUAUUUUGCCUCUCGGCAUUCUUCUACCAUUCCCUGCUGGAAUAAAUGCCUUAUUUAGCCAAGGACCUCGACGUUCUGCAGGCCUCGCACGUGUCUAUGCUUUGUGGAACAUCACAUCCUUGUUCAAUGUUUUGGUAUCAUUCCUCUGUGGAUAUGUUCACUCAAAAUCGUCGAGUUCAAAGCAUCCGAGCUUUCAGCCAUGGACUAUUAGCAUGGAUGAAAGUGAAUGGUGGAUCUUCCCGGCAGGAUUGGUUGUUUGUAAAUUUCUCCAAUCCCGACUCAUUAAUUGGCACGUCGCAAAUCUGGAGAUCCAAGAUCGAUCCUUGUACAGUAACGAGUUCGAUAUGUUCUGGCAGUCCUGAUGAUUAUUAUUUGCUCAUCUUGACAGACUAUAUUUUCUCUUACCUUGUUUUUUGUCUGGGGAAGGGAAAGUUGUUCGUUUACCACAUGGUUUUGGUCAUAGGCACUACCAUUUCUCCACAUACGGCUUCAUCAUUCACACUCAUCACUACUAGAGCAGAAAUAGUUAACAGUCUUCUAAGUUUAAACAAAAAAAUCCAAAGAAAUAGCUUUAAAAAAGUAAAAAGGAGGAAAAGAAAAAAGAAAAAAGAAAGAGGCAUUAACAAUUGUAAUCAAAUCCAUCUUUUUUUUUAUUUUCCCAUAAAGACAGCAUCUUUCUUUUUUUUGGGUCGUCUCCAUUGCUGUAUAUAACUUGGGAUUUGUUAUUGUCUUUUUGAAUCCCAUUUGUGUACCUCUUUCACGACUCUGGGCUUCUAUCAUUUCUACUCAACCCAACCCACUAAAAUAUUUACCAUUAUUUUCCUGUAAUAAGCUCAGUGGCUAUGGCGGAAAAUUGUGCUCUGAAAUGAAGUGAGAGAUUCUUGUAAGGUUGAUUC